GCCGCGGCCGGCAGAGCGGCGGGCGGCGCAACCUCUGCCGAGCGGUGUCAGUGGCCGCUCGCGAGCCCCGGGCGCAGCCGCUGCCCAGCGCCGCAGCCCGCGCGAUCCGCCGCGCUCCGGCGCCGCAGCUGCUCUUCGGGAGCCGUGCAUUGUUGUGAGCCGCCGGAGGGGCGCGGGGGCUGCACAGCCCGGAGCCCCUCGGAGCCCGGGAGAGCCAUGUGGAUACCUACGGAGCAUGAGAAAUACGGCGUGGUAAUUGCCAGUUUUCGAGGCACCGUCCCAUAUGGCCUGUCGUUGGAAAUUGGAGACACUGUUCAGAUCCUGGAGAAGUGCGAUGGCUGGUACAGAGGAUUUGCCUUAAAAAACCCCAAUAUCAAGGGUAUAUUUCCUUCCAGCUAUGUUCACCUGAAAAAUGCCUGCGUGAAGAACAAAGGACAGUUUGAAAUGGUUAUUCCCACUGAAGACUCUGUCAUCACAGAGAUGACAUCAACAUUAAGAGACUGGGGAACCAUGUGGAAACAACUCUAUGUCAGAAAUGAAGGCGAUCUCUUCCACCGCCUGUGGCACAUCAUGAAUGAAAUCCUGGAUCUGCGGCGGCAGGUGUUAGUCGGCCAUCUUACCCACGACAGGAUGAAGGAUGUGAAGCGCCACAUUACUGCCCGCCUGGACUGGGGAAACGAACAGCUGGGCCUGGAUCUGGUACCUCGGAAGGAGUAUGCGAUGGUAGACCCGGAGGACAUCAGCAUCACGGAGCUGUACCGACUGAUGGAGCAUCGACACCGGAAGAAAGACACCCCAGUGCAGGCCAGCAGCCACCACCUGUUCGUCCAGAUGAAGAGUCUCAUGUGCUCCAACCUGGGGGAGGAGUUGGAGGUCAUCUUCUCUCUCUUCGACAGCAAGGAGAACCGUCCAAUCAGUGAGAGAUUUUUCUUGAGACUGAAUAGAAAUGGGCUUCCCAAAGCCCCGGAUAAGCCGGAAAGACACUGCUCUCUCUUUGUGGACUUGGGUAGCAGUGAACUCAGGAAGGACAUCUAUAUUACCGUGCACAUUAUCCGAAUUGGUCGGAUGGGAGCAGGGGAGAAGAAGAAUGCCUCCAGCGUUCAGUAUCGGCGACCUUUCGGCUGUGCCGUUCUUAGCAUCGCAGACCUUCUCACAGGAGAGACAAAGGAUGACCUUGUCCUGAAAGUAUACAUGUGUAAUACAGAGAGCGAGUGGUGCCAGAUCCAUGAGAACAUCAUCAAGAAGCUGAACGCGCGCUAUAACCUGACUGGCUCUAACGCAGGACUGGCAGUUUCCCUCCAGCUGUUCCAUGGUGACAUUGAACAAAUCAGGAGAGAGUACUCCUCGGUGUUUUCUCACGGAGUGUCCAUAACGCGGAAGCUGGGUUUUUCUAACAUCAUCAUGCCUGGUGAAAUGAGGAAUGACUUAUACGUCACCGUAGAGAGGGGAGAAUUUGAGAAAGGAGGGAAGAGUGUGGCCAGAAAUGUGGAAGUUACAAUGUUCGUUAUAGAUAGUAAUGGGCAGCCCUUAAAGGAUUUCAUCUCCUUUGGCUCUGGGGAGCCACUGGCUAGUGAGUACCGCUCCUUUGUGCUUUAUCACAACAACAGUCCCAGGUGGUCGGAGCUGCUGAAACUUCCCAUUCCCGUGGAUAAAUUCAGGGGCUCGCACAUCCGCUUUGAGUUCCGGCAUUGUUCCACAAAGGAGAAAGGAGAGAAGAAGCUGUUCGGGUUCUCUUUUGUACCCCUGAUGCAAGAAGACGGGAGGACCCUUCCGGACGGCACACACGAGCUCAUUGUGCAUAAGUGUGAAGAGAACACAAACCUUCAGGAUACUACCCGCUACCUCAAGCUUCCGUUUUCCAAGGUCAUAUUCCUUGGGAACAAUAAUCAAACAAUGAAGGCCACAAAGGAGUCCUUUUGGAUAACAUCGUUUCUCUGUUCCACAAAACUCACUCAGAAUGGUGACAUGCUUGAUCUCCUGAAAUGGAGAACCCACCCAGACAAGAUCACAGGCUGUCUCUCCAAGUUAAAAGAAAUUGACGGCUCAGAGAUAGUGAAGUUUCUACAAGACACACUGGAUACCUUGUUUGGAAUAUUGGAUGAAAAUUCCCAAAAAUAUGGGUCUAAAGUAUUUGAUUCCUUGGUCCACAUAAUAAAUUUGCUGCAAGAUAGCAAGUUCCAUCAUUUUAAGCCAGUCAUGGACACGUACAUUGAGAGCCACUUUGCUGGGGCCCUGGCGUACAGGGAUCUCAUCAAGGUGCUCAAGUGGUACGUGGACAGGAUAACGGAGGCCGAGCGCCAGGAGCACAUCCAAGAGGUGCUGAAGGCACAAGAAUACAUUUUUAAGUAUAUAGUUCAGUCGCGAAGGCUGUUUUCUCUUGCCACGGGUGGGCAAAAUGAAGAGGAAUUCCGCUGCUGCAUCCAGGAGCUCCUCAUGUCCGUCCGCUUCUUUCUUUCACAAGAGAGCAAAGGUGCCGGAGCUCUGUCCCAGUCACAGGCUGUGUUCCUGAGCUCCUUCCCUGCUGUGUACUCAGAGCUGCUGAAGCUCUUUGACGUCCGGGAAGUGGCCAACUUGGUCCAGGACACUCUGGGCAGCCUGCCGACCAUCACACAUGUGGAUGACCCCCUGCAGGCCAUCAAGCUCCAGUGCAUUGGCAAAACCGUGGAGAGCCAGCUCUACACCAACCCAGACUCGCGGUACAUUCUCCUGCCUGUCGUGCUGCAUCACCUCCACAUUCACUUGCAAGAACAGAAGGACCUGAUCAUGUGCGCACGUAUCCUUAGCAACGUCUUCUGCCUCAUCAAGAAAAACAGCUCGGAAAAGUCUGUGCUGGAGGAAAUAGACGUGAUCGUGGCCAGCUUGCUGGAUAUCCUGCUCAGGACCAUACUGGAGAUCACCAGUCGGCCUCAAGCAUCCAGCUCUGCCAUGCGGUUGCAGUUCCAGGAUGUCACCGGGGAAUUUGUUGCCUGUCUCCUUUCCCUAUUACGACAAAUGACAGAUAGACAUUAUCAGCAACUUCUGAAUAGUUUCAAUACAAAAGAAGAACUAAGGGAUUUCUUGCUGCAGAUUUUUACUGUGUUCCGAAUAUUGAUACGCCCAGAAAUGUUCCCCAAGGACUGGACUGUCAUGCGCCUGGUUGCUAACAAUGUUAUCAUUACAACGGUUCUGUACCUCUCUGAUGCGCUCCGCAAGAACUUCUUAAAUGAAAACUUUGACUAUAAGAUCUGGGAUUCCUACUUUUACCUUGCUGUCAUUUUUAUCAACCAGUUGUGUCUGCAGCUGGAGAUGUUCACACCUUCCAAAAAGAAGAAGGUGCUGGAAAAGUAUGGUGAUAUGCGGGUCACCAUGGGUUGUGAAAUAUUUAGCAUGUGGCAAAACCUAGGAGAACACAAACUUCAUUUUAUCCCCGCGCUGAUUGGGCCCUUUCUGGAGGUGACCUUGAUUCCCCAGCCAGACCUCCGGAACGUCAUGAUUCCUAUUUUCCACGACAUGAUGGACUGGGAGCAGAGGAGGAGUGGCAACUUCAAACAGGUGGAGGCCAAGCUAAUUGACAAAUUGGAUAGCCUGAUGUCAGAAGGCAAAGGUGAUGAAACAUACCGUGAGCUCUUCAACAGUAUAAUUCCACUGUUUGGUCCCUACCCUAGUCUACUAAAGAGAAUUGAGCGGGAAACAUGGAGGGAGAGUGGCGUUUCGUUAAUCGCCACUGUCACUCGGCUGAUGGAGAGAUUGUUAGACUACAGGGACUGCAUGAAAAUAGGAGAAGUUGACGGCAAGAAGAUCGGCUGCACAGUUAGCCUACUGAACUUCUAUAAGACCGAGCUGAACAAGGAGGAGAUGUACAUUCGCUACAUCCACAAGCUCUACGACCUGCACCUCAAGGCACAGAACUUCACAGAGGCUGCCUACACCCUCCUGUUAUAUGAUGAGUUGCUGGAAUGGUCCCAUCGGCCCCUCAGGGAGUUCCUGACCUACCCCAUGCAAACCGAAUGGCAGCGCAAGGAGCACCUGCACCUCACCAUCAUCCAGAACUUCGACAGAGGCAAAUGUUGGGAGAAUGGCAUCAUCUUGUGCCGGAAGAUUGCAGAGCAAUAUGAGAGCUACUAUGACUACAGGAGCCUGAGCAAGAUGAGGAUGAUGGAAGCCUCUUUGUAUGACAAAAUCAUGGACCAGCAGCGUCUGGAACCUGAAUUCUUCAGAGUUGGAUUUUAUGGGAAAAAAUUUCCAUUUUUCUUAAGAAAUAAGGAGUUUGUAUGUCGAGGGCACGACUACGAAAGACUGGAGGCCUUCCAACAGCGAAUGCUGAAUGAGUUCCCCCAUGCCAUCGCCAUGCAGCAUGCCAACCAGCCAGACGAGACCAUCUUCCAGGCCGAGGCUCAAUAUUUGCAGAUAUAUGCUGUGACCCCCAUCCCAGAGAGCCAGGAAGUCCUGCAGAGGGAGGGGGUUCCAGACAACAUCAAAAGCUUCUAUAAAGUGAAUCACAUCUGGAAGUUCCGCUAUGACAGACCAUUCCACAAAGGCACGAAAGACAAGGACAAUGAAUUUAAGAGCCUCUGGGUGGAAAGGACAUCGCUCUACUUGGUGCAGAGUUUACCUGGCAUCUCCCGCUGGUUCGAAGUGGAAAAACGUGAAGUGGUAGAAAUGAGCCCUCUGGAAAACGCCAUCGAGGUGUUGGAGAACAAGAAUCAGCAGCUAAAGACGCUGAUCAGCCAGUGUCAGACACGGCAGAUGCAGAACAUCAACCCCCUGACCAUGUGCCUCAAUGGGGUCAUCGAUGCCGCAGUGAAUGGGGGUGUCUCCAGGUACCAGGAGGCAUUCUUUGUCAAAGAUUAUAUUUUAAGUCAUCCUGAAGAUGGGGAGAAGAUCUCACGGUUAAGGGAGCUGAUGCUUGAGCAGGCACAGAUUCUGGAAUUCGGGCUGGCCGUGCAUGAGAAGUUUGUACCUCAAGACAUGAGACCCCUUCACAAAAAACUGGUGGACCAGUUCUUCGUGAUGAAAUCAAGCUUCGGGAUACAGGAGUUCCCGGCGUGUAUCCAGGCCAGUCCUGUCCAUUUUCCUAAUGGGAGCCCUCGUGUGUGUAGAAACUCAGCCCCGGCUUCCAUGAGUCCAGAUGGCACCAGGGUAAUUCCGAGACGCAGCCCGUUGAGUUACCCAGCUGUCAACCGGUACUCCUCGUCCUCGCUGUCCUCACAGGCCUCUGCUGAAGUAAGCAACAUCACAGGCCAGUCAGAGAGCUCCGACGAAGUCUUCAACAUGCAGAAGCUCCCGGCCGUGUGUGACAGUAGCCCCCUGUCUUUCCAGCCCAGCCCAUCUACCUCAAGCCUCAGUUCCACUCACUCUGCUUCACCUAAUGUGACGAGUUCUGCUCCGUCCAGUGCCAGAGCUUCUCCUUUGUUGUCUGACAAACACAAACAUUCCAGAGAAAACUCUUGCCUGUCCCCAAGAGAUAGACCAUGCAGUGCCAUUUAUCCAACACCCGUGGAGCCUUCCCAGAGGGUGCUGUUUAAUCACAUUGGAGAUGGGGCCUUGCCUCGCAGCGAUCCCAACCUCUCUGCACCUGAGAAAGCUGUGAAUCCCACCCCUAGCAGCUGGAGCCUGGACAGUGGGAAGGAAGCCAAGAACAUGUCGGACAGUGGGAAACUUAUCUCUCCCCCUGUCCCUCCAAGGCCCACACAGACUGCUUCUCCAGCCAGACACACGACAUCAGUAUCCCCGUCACCUGCUGGGCGCUCUCCAUUGAAGGGCUCAGCGCAGUCCUUCACCCCGUCUCCGGUGGAGUACAGCUCCCCAGGACUGAGCUCCAACUCGCCGGUCCUGUCGGGCAGCUACAGCAGCGGGAUCUCCUCGCUGAGCCGCUGCAGCACGUCGGAAACCUCGGGCUUCGAGGCCCAGGCCGGAGAGCUGCCCGCGCCCGCGGCCAGCCUGGGCGGGGAGGAGCCGGCGCGCAGGGAGAGCAAGACGCCGCCGCCCUACAGCGUGUACGAGCGGACUCUGCGGCGCCCGGUCCCGCUACCUCACAGCCUCUCCAUCCCCGCGGCCGCCGAGCCGCCCGCCCUGCCGCCCAAGCCCGCCGCCCCGCGGCCCAGCCUCCUGGAGAACGGGGCCCGGAGGACCGAGCCCAGCCCCAGGCCCAGGCCGCUGCCCCGCAAGGUGUCGCAGCUCUGAGCCGCGCUUCCACGGUCCCGCGGUGGGCUCUGCCGUUUACAAGCGGAGUCUGGCGAGAAGACGUUAGUGUAGGCACUUUAAUAUCUUACUCAGACCUUUCCUUAAAUGAAUGGAAUUAAAGUUGCUUAUUAAUACAAUGUUGCACAAUGUUGAAAGUUACUGAUCUAGGACGCCAGGUGUCACAUGAAGUAUGGCUGAGUCUCAUUAAAACGUUUUUCAUUUGAAAGUGGUAAAUUGUGGAAGAGACUCCUUUUGUACCUGUUCAUGUUCACUUUUUUUUUUUAAUGUAGUUUAGUCUUAAAAACCAGUACAAUAUUGUCAGGCAAUAGAAUGCGUGGUAAUGUUGUAUACCUUUUUUCUGAAUACUUGAUACUCUGAGGAAGCUGAUCACAGUGGCCCUUUCUUAAGACUUAAGGAAGAUGAAGGCUUUGGCUCUCCCCUUGGAGCAGAAUGUUGAGCGCACACCCUCAGAAUUAAAGGUUAAAGCAGCCGGUUGGAUGAGGUACUUAAGGGUUGCAAGGAUUAAGACAGGAAGUUGUUUCGUUCUUUAAAAGAAACCCUUCCUUGAGGUCUGACAGCUGUCUACUCUUAACUCUGCUUUGUGCCUCGGUUGCUAAUUCUUUAAGUGCCCGACAUGCUAUCUACUGUAUUACUUUUCAAGGUGCAAUUUGCUUUCGGAGUCCCAAUUAGCUAGAUUAAACAAAAGACCCCAGGAGAAGUGUUUACUUGAAUUUUGUGCUUCCUUACUUGAUGAUCUCCUAUAUAAAACGUGUCGUUGAUGAAGAGCAGAUGUCCAAGGAUUAAACAGGCACAAAUUACUGGGUCCCAUUAACAAGGAUUCGGGAAUCAAUGCAGGGCAGUAUUAAAUCAAUAAGUGUGAAGGAAGACAAAAACCUUAGUGAAAAUAUGUUAACAUGAUUGAAUGGUAAAAGGAUUUUGAAAAGUUGAGGGCAUUAAAAGCCUGCGUGUGUAAAAUAAAGAAUUCCUCCAACUCUCCCUUCUUAUGAGGAGAGCUGAGCUUCUCUGUCUGUGGUCCUUUUGCUGGGGGAGGAGGCUUGUGGACCAUUCUAGCAUGGAUACAGCAGUGUAGCAUCUUAGAUGGAAAUAGAAUAGACACGCUGGUGUGGCAGUUCUAGGAGGGUGAAAAGCACCUUGUAGGUAGUAAUGUAUCUUUUACCUUUUUUUUUUUCUUUUACUGACUGUUUAUAACACUCAAUUGACAAUAGGUAGAGACUGUGUUUUAAACCACGCUGUUAAAUAUUUUCCCUCUUUUGUUGGGAAGCUCAUAUUAGUUUAGUUGUAUUUGUUUUUGUUGCUAGCUUACCUGGAAGGCAGUGACCACUUUUUUAUAUUCUCUUAAUGAAACCAUUCAGCAGGUAUAUGCUGUUGAGGCUGGUUAUAGAGGUUUUCUAUAAUAAAUGUUCAAGUAUUUUUGUACAUAACUGGUUAAUUUUAAUAAGAGAUACCCAUUAUGUGUAAAAAAAAAAAAAAAAGUAAAAAUAAAAGCAGACAGCUGUGGAUGCAGUAUGAUUGUUAUAAUUAUGCCAAAUACUUUAUGUAUGGAAAAUAUUUGUACAUAUGUGCUUUUAACAAUAAUUCUGCCAUAUUGACUUUACAAUUUUGAAUGUCAGAAAAUUAAUAUAUGUAAAAAUAUUUAUGUUUAGUGAAAGUAUUCAUAAUUGAGGAAAGGAACAUAUGAAUUUUAGCUUUGUACCUUGCAGGUUUUGCAGUUAGAAAUUUCUUGAACUAGCAUUUGCAUUUGAUAAUAACACUUUGUGUUUGUAAUCACAUCCUAAAAUAUAUAUAUACAGACCCACACACAUGUAUGUAGGAAGCUUUAUGUUUCUGUUGCUUUAAAGAAGUAAAAUCUUUAAGUAAGAUGACAUACAUAAGAUAACAAAGCCUCUUUGAUUUCCUUUUUCUGUGUAAUUUAGUAGAUUUCUUGACUAGUGCUUGGGCACAGAAUAAACAGUGUUAUUUGCUCUUGAAGCCUUUUUUUGGCAGUGAGUAGUUGACUUCGUGUGAGUGUAUUCCGAAGCAGCUUUAUAGCAGAGCAUUUCAAGAGAUUCUGUUAGUUCAGGUGUUCACGUUGAUUGCUGCUGAAUGGUAAAUAUUAAAUAAAGUUACCAGAUUAAU